AUGGCCGUAAGAGCACCCUUGACGGGCAUAAGCUUGGCUUCAACACCCUCAGCCUCGUUACAUUCUCCCUCCUGUAACAAGGUAGUUGCAGUGAGGGUCCCACCUUUCAGAUCAUCUUUUCUUGGUCAUGGAGUGAGAGCUCUGAAAGUUGCACGGUCACAGCUAGCUCAUUCCAAUAGAUCCAAGUGUAAUGAUCAUGGUGGUGGCGCUCUUGGUGCUCGGAUGAACCUUUUUGAUCGAUUUUCUAGAGUUAUCAAGUCAUAUGCAAAUGCAAUCAUCAGCUCCUUUGAAGACCCAGAGAAGAUUUUAGAACAAACUGUGCUUGAAAUGAAUGAUGAUUUGAUAAAGAUGCGUCAAGCUACAGCACAAGUUCUGGCAUCACAAAAGCAGUUGGAAAACAAAUACAAAGCUGCACAACAAGCUUCUGAAGAUUGGUACCAUAGAGCACAACUUGCCCUUGGGAAGGGGGAUGAGGAUCUUGCUCGUGAAGCUCUUAAACGGCGCAAAUCUUAUGCU